UCUAACUCUUCUCUAGGACCUAAAAGGUGGGGUGACAGUUGCUCCGGGAGCCAACAGUCGCCUAUAGACAUUAGCACCACCGCCGCCACGUAUGACUCAAGCCUGGGUAAUUUUACACUUGUCAACUACGCCAAUGCACCAGCUGGUGUUAAUUUUACCGCCAAAAAUAGUGGUAAAUCCUUGAAAGUAUCAAUGGACAGCCAUAUAUGCAACGUAAGCGGAGGUGGCCUCCCCGGAGUUUACACCACCGUUCAGUUUCACCUGCACUGGGGAUCAAACAACAACAAAGGAUCGGAACACACUAUGGACGGGCUGAUGUACCCUGCCGAGGUGUGUUACCUCGACGACGUGUACUGUGUACAACAACCUCGUCCCUGGGGGUCUGCCCUCAGAAAAUGGAAGGGGCGCCCCUGAGGUGCCCCUCCCAUUGGGGACGAGAUUGUUCUGUGUGAUGUGAUUUGCCCAAAAUUUUGCAGUUCACUAUGAAAUUUACUGUUUUUAAACAGUAAAUUUCACUUUUACUAGUGUGCUACGAAAUAUUUAAUUUUAAAUGUUUCGCCGCCAAUUUAAUGAGGAAAGGUGCCUUGAGUCAAGACAAGCAAAGGGCCGGGGGAAUCAAAUGUUAUUUUCACUCGUAAUUGCCUAAAAUAAUUUUUCAAUUGAACUUGCAGAUCCAUUUUGUCAGCAUGAACACCAGAUACUCCAGCCUUGGUGAUUCCCUAGGUCAUUCAGAUGGUUUGGCCGUGCUGGGUGUUUUUCUUAAGGUAACGCACGUUUGCCUCUUCAUAAAACCCAUCCACUCCUAGAUUCCUUUUUAAGGGACGCCGUGUCGUAAUGUUCCUGUUCACCAGUUUUUGUCUGUGAAACAGUGACGUCUUGUGAGCGCGACCGAUCAUCAAAUGGAACCUCCAAGGCAGUGCUUUCACAUGAUAUGAUUUAUUUAGUACGUUGCUCUAGCUUCUGAGAUCGCUGACCCCUAUUCUCCCGUAAUCGACCAUUUUACUGUCCUUCUUCACUCUUUAGCAAUACCUCCCAUAGUAUACUAUUCAUUUAUUGUGUUCUUCUAACUUUCAGGAAGUCCGUGGAUGAAAUCUUACCCCCUGAUACGAUCGUUUAUAAUUGAUUCCUCUUAAGGAGUGUCCGGCUUCAUGAAUAGUUCAAACAUUUGCAGUAUAGACCAAGGAGUAGACAUGUCGGAAGGCUUAAAGCGAAUCAAGGAAACAAAUUUUUCAUUGUUUUAUUAUUAUUGCUUUCUAAAUGUUAGGUUGGUUCAAGCGAACAUGAGCACUAUAAAUUGUUCUUGGAUCAUAUCAGUUCUGUGAUUAACAAAGGUAAGGUGUGCAUAGUAUUCUUAACUUUCAAGGAAAAAAACAUCCAAGCAUGUUUAAUGCUGUGUUAAAAUGAGUGCAACACGAGCAUUGGUUGGAAAAAAUGCAGAUGCGGUAUGGAUGAUACAUAAUAGAUUGUGGAUGAAUUAAAUUUCAUGUAUUUCAAACAUGUGUCCUCGCUGUUUUUUCUGAUGGACGGGUAGUUGAAACAACCUAUGUAGCAGGGAUUCGCUUUUCAGAAAGAGCUUCUUAAGCUCAAGAACCCUUAGUGUCGAGCCUUUCUUUAUCCUUUGUGGUUGGAAUUGCAGUUUUAUCAUCACAAAAACAUCCAUACUGUAAAUCAUGAGUCUUAAUGUUGUUGUUGAAGUGGUUUUCACAGUUCAUCUUCCGCUACACAGGUGAGCGCGUGAGCUUUCCAGCCUUUCCGCUUAUGAAUCUCCUUCCAACAGACAAGACCAAGUAUUUCCGGUACCCAGGCUCCCUGACAACCCCGCCCUGCAGUGAGGCUGUCACCUGGACUGUUUUCAAAGAUCCUAUCGAGAUAUCGCAGGCUCAGGUAAAAUUUAAAAAAUAUCAUUAUUCACAAUGAUGAAAAUGAUGAUUGUGACUAGAAAUUAACUGAGAUGAAGACUAUUAUAGGUAGGCCUCUUUAACGAUUUGUAGAAAACUAUCUUGAGUAUUGUGGCAGAGUUUCCACGAAUUUAAGUGGAUGCGCACGCCCGAAGGGAGAAUUGUUCCAUGAAACGCCAACAUUUUCCUAGGAAUAUGCCCCUGAAUUAAAACUUCUCGCGUCACAGUGCCAGCCUUAAAACAGGUGAGUCGGUCUAUUUUAGUACAUGUACUUUUUGUGACACGAACCGAUCUCAGUUCUUUUUCCCUUUAUAGCUGGAUGCUCUGCGUUCCAUGAAGAUGAACAGCACCAUGAACAUUGUCGACAAUUACCGCCCCGUUCUCGACCUUGGGAGCCGGAAACUGAAAGCCAGCUUUGACGAGCGUUUGAAACAGGCUGAUCCAACUGCAGCAGGCGUUGUUCUCAAAAUAUCCAACGUCGUCUUGCUGUUGGUCCUCUUCCUGGGAGCAGUUUUCUAG